AGUGAAAAAUCCAGUAGACCCACAGAAGAGUACUUUAAGAAGGUGAUUGAAUCAUUUUAUAUAUUUACCUGUAUAUUCCAACUACAAGGGAUAGGAUAAGACCAGGUUAAAUAACUGGGUUUUUAUGUUCUUGCAAGUAUUGGCAAUCAAUUGGAAGGAAGAAAGAUCAUGGAGGAAGAUUCUAUUACAAGUGCACUGUUACCUGCUCAAGGAAGAGGGGGAGGAUUGAGAUUCUCCAUAGACCCAGAUCUGCCAGGGAGAUUUUGGGUUGAGUCAAAAGCCACAUGGAAAAUUGCAGGGGCAGCAAUCUUCAGUAGGCUUGCAACUUUUGGGCUCAAUGUCAUCACACAGGCAUUUAUAGGACAUGUGGGUGAUUUGGAGCUGGCUGCUUUUUCAAUGGUUAUUAGUGUUAUUGUGGGUUUCACUUCAGGCAUCAUUAUAGGAAUGGGUACAGCACUUGGCACACUAUGUGGACAAGCUUAUGGUGCACAAAAACAAGAGAUACUAGGAAUUUACAUGCAACGGUCUUGGAUAGUUCUCUCUGGUUGUACAAUUGCACUUACACCCUUCUAUUUUUUUACUGCACCUAUCUUAAAGCUCCUUGGUCAAUCUAAUGAUGUUGCAAAUUUAUCAGGCAGAGUAUCUUUGUGGUGCAUUCCUAUGCUCUUCUCCUUUGUGUUCUUUUACACUCUUAGUAGAUUUUUGCAGUCACAAUCAAAGAAUUUCAUAACUGCAUGGUCAUCAGCACUUGGAGCUGUAUUCAACAUUCUUUUAUGUUGGCUCUUUGUGUCCAAAUGGAGAAUGGGCCUUGAGGGUGCUCUUAUUUCCUUAAAUGUAGCAUGGUGGACUCCUGUGAUUGUUCAAUAUGUGUAUGUUACAUGUGGUUGGUGUCCAGAUGCAUGGACAGGAUAUUCAAUGGAAGCAUUUGUAGAUAUUUGGCCCUUUUUAAAGUUAUCAGUGGCCUCAGGUGUCAUGUUAUGGUUGGAUCUUUGGUAUUACAAAAUAUUGGUUCUACUCAUAGGAAAUACAAAAGAUGCAGAAGUUGCAAUUGAUUCACUUUCUAUUUGCUUAAACAUCAACACAUGGGAGAUGGCCAUUCCACUUGGUCUACUUGCUUCAACAAGUGUGAGAAUUGCAAAUGAACUUGGAGCAGGGAGGCCGGUGAGAGCAAAAUUUGUAGUAGUUGUUUCUAUCAUAACCUCCACAAUUAUAGGACUUGUAAUACUAGUUCUUAUUAUGGUCUUGCGUGGCAAUUUUGCUCAAGUUUUCACCAACAAUGUUAUCAUGCAAAAGGCUAUAUAUAAAUUGGGACUAUUACUAGCAUUUACUGUUCUAUUGAAUAGUAUACAACCAGUUCUUGUAGGUGUUGCUGUGGGAUUAGGGUGGCAAGCUUUUGUUGCCUAUAUAAACUUUGGAUGCUAUUAUAUAAUUGGUGUUCCAUUAGGCAUGAUACUUGGCUAUACAUUUCAUUUAGGAGUUAUGGGGAUUUGGUUAGGAAUGAUAUUUGGAACUGGAGCUCAAACUUUAGCAUUAAUGUUUAUCACAUGGCGAGUAGAUUGGGAGAUAGAAGCUAAAGCAAUUGAAAGUAAAUUGAAUCAGUGGUCAUCUAUCAAGUCUCAAAACGAAAAGAAUAAACAGACAUGUUGAGAAUUUGGGAGAUGAUGUUGUAGAACCAAGUAUAAAAAAAGUUGGCAUAGCAAGACAAUGAGAACAGAUUUGGAGUUCUGAUAUGUAAGCUCAAUGGCAAGACUAUACAGUAGUUAUAUUACUAAAUAAUCUUUUACCUAAACAUGGCAUUUAAUCACUGAUUACUGAAUUUUAUAUCACAGGAAAGAUGUAAUAUUCAUUAAACUAGUA